AUGUCAUCUGCCAUCAGAGUGUCCUUGGACAACCCCUACGGUCAGGUGACCAUCCCUCGAGCUAAACUGCGUAUGUCCGGUGACGACAGCAUGGUGAUAGCCAAUCCAGCUGUGGUCAACGGCAGUCCCGCCAACCCCUACAUGGGACCGGGCGCUUCCCCCCCCCCAUAUGUGGUGAAGGAAGUAUCUGGGGGGGAAGAGGAGGGCGGGCGCUGCGCAUGCUGCUACCGCUGCAGACGGAAACAUGCCCGCAGCAUCCAGGGCCUUGAGGACCUCCGGGCGGAGCUCAUCCGCCCUUCUCACUUCCGCCUUCCUCCCCCCGACCCGUACACGGACAAGGUCGAAGCUGGCUUGACUCCAUACCUCCACCCAAUGUCCACACAAGCAGAGGAGGGGACAUCCUCUGUUGUCAUGGAGACGGUGACAUCACUCAAGAGGCAGGACCCGGUGUGCAUCGUGUGCUUCGGUGGCUACGACCUCUCCGCGCGGUUGCCACGGCGACUGCACUGCGGCCACACCUUCUGCCAGGCGUGUCUGAAGAGAUUGGACACAGUCAUCAACGAGCAGGUGUGGAUCCCUUGUCCCCAGUGUCGCCAGAGCACCCCGUGUCCGCGGGGGGGUGCGGUCGGUCUGGACCUGGACUUGGCCACUUUCCUGGCCAUCAAAGCUCAGCAGACAGGGUCCGCCCCCUGGAGCGGCGAGGCCGGCAACGCCAUCCAGGACGGGAAGGUCUGGACGGCCAAGGAUGCCGACGGAGAUGCUUGGUCCCACGGAGGUCUGGCCGAGCCGCGCUUCCAUCGCCACGGUAACUGCUGCCUGCCACUCUCCCAUUGGCUGUGCUGCUACUUCUGCUGCUGCCAGAGGCGGAGCUAA